AUGUCGGUGCGCCCCGACAUAUCACGGCAGACACUCCCCCACUCUCUCUGCUUCCUCUCCUCUGCGUCAGAAAUGUUUACUUGGGACGACACACAGACCACAAUCCUCCAGGCAUCUGUGGAUAAAUACAUAAAUGCCAAUGGAACAGCACGUGACGAUGUCAUUGCAACGGCUUUGAAUGAACUGGAGCAGGUGCAGCUGGGAGAACUGGAACCGUUGCCAAAGGAGGCCAGAUUGCAGGCGGUUGAGAAGUGGUUGGCGGACGUGUCCAACAAGCGUAAGCGUCAGCCAAAGAAGCGAAAGAGAGGUGUCAUGAUGGGUACGAUCCGUGGCACAGAUGUCUGGCUCGACAAACAUAGGCAGGAAGUCUACGACAACGCAUACAGUGAAGGAACAAACGAUCCAUUGUCAAAGUUUACCGAUGCGCGGUGGGCAACUUGGCGAGAAGUGCCCCAGGAAGAAAAGGCGGUUUGGGAGGGAAAAGCGGAAGAGUUACGCAACCUGGUCCACAAAGAAGGAGUCAAGAUAACACCGCGUCUCCUGCCCCUCGAACCUAUGAUGAACAGUCUCGGGAGGUUGUGCCGAAGCGUGGAGCGGAAGUCGCUCAUUGAGGACGGCGCAUACAUAGUGACACUGUAUGCGGCAAACACAACAGACAAAGGCCCGGUGAUGGGAGUUAUCGAUCACAACCUGGAGCACGGAGCAACGUCAAACUUCAGUUCGCUCUUGAAGACCGCGGAAAACUAUAACAGCAUAUGGACCUUGUUCGACGGCUGGGCAAAGGAACAACUGCAAAGAAAGGCCGAUGUUCUGCAGUCAAGGGGAAAGCCGGAUAAGCCGAGCAAAGCGCAGAAAAAGACGGAUUUUGGGCCGCUUCUCUCAGUGGACGAAGAGACGGGCCUGCCCAUUAUGCUUAGUGAAGCGGAGUUGGACUCGCUUGUUGCUGGCGUGGUUCAGAAAUGGAUAGCAAUUGUCAGAGAGUUCCUUACUCACCAUUACUUGGCGGCGAGCAACGGCAAAGUCCCGCGUAUACCUUGGAAGGCCCACGCUUCCCCUGCGUCCUGUCUCGAUGCAAGCAUGUGGUUGAACGACAUAGCAUUUCAAGACCCAUCUCACUUGAAGAAGGAACAGCUCAUCCGCCUAUGCAAGCACUGGAGAGAAGGCCAGGAUGGGCCGGACGGCGUGAAAGCGUUCAAAUUCAGGAGCUACGUCAACGGCGACGGAGAUGACGCAUGCGAGGAAUACGAGGCUUAUUUCGAGCGUUGGCAAGAGGAGGCGCCAGCUCGGGAAGCAAAGAGGAGGAGGGCAUCCGAACAGGCGGGUGCGGCAGAAGAAGCGGCUGCAGAGGGUAGCACCAAGAAGGGUUCAAAGCCUCCUCGCAAGCGAAACCGCGGCAAGAAGGACAAGUCUGCCAAAUCUCGUGGCAAGCAGAAGGCGGUGUCGGAGGACGAGUCAGAGGAGGAGGUGCCUUUAUUCCUUCCCUCGCCUGGACUUGCUGGAGUGUCCAGUGGCGAGGAUGAGAGCCCUGUACCCGAACAAUUGUCCACCGACGACGAUGACAGCGGCAGGUGGAGUGCGGGGCCGGUUAUGGAGACUUCAGAUAUGCUGGUCCAGCAUGCCCUUGACAGGCGAGACGAGUUUGCCGACAAGUCACCCAAAAAUGUCAGUCGUGGACGCGCCCGCGGACUGUUUGUGGCAUCUCUAUGUGGCGACAAACGGUACCGAGACGUUGCUGCAGAAUAUAUCCGAGCAAGGGAGGGAACGUCAAUCUCUGGCGCCAUGCCUCCGCCUAUUCCCGGCGUGCCUUGGGCGUCCUGGGGGUGGACAUCCCCGUCUCUUCCUGAAUCCGCCCAUGCUGCCGCAGACGGUCUGUCACCGCUUAUCGAGUUCCUCGUGACCGAACCCUGGAAGCGCCACAACUACGCCAUCUACCGGCGGGUCGAGCAGGUGCUACUUGGUGUCGGCCUUGCAUUGCGAGACCUGGAUAAUGGCCAGUUCACCAACGAUCCAGAUGACCCACCUCCGGCUCAUAUCCCCAUCUAUGUACAAAACACCGCUCUGGAUUUCAACGAUGUGCGGGAGACGCUUCUUCGCUCAAUCGGUUCCAUCAGCGAGCUCAUUAUCAUUGACGACAUCCCGCCCACUGUGUGGUCAGCCAACACACAGGAGUCUCGCUCACCUACUCCAGGCCACAACCUGAUCGCACCCGAUGGCCCGCUUGUUCUGGAUGAGCCUCCCUCGCUUCCAGCCACUACGUUUAGCCCCUCCGACGCCGCUUCUUCCAGUCGCGCAUGUCCCAGUGUUGUCUUCCGCUGGACCGAGCCGUUCGUCGGCCCCAACUGCCGCCCCUGA